CCUCAUCCUGCGCCCGCCUGCCUUGUCACGUUCCCUGCCCAGAACCCUGCCGCGCUGCCGGGGAGGGAGCCGCGACCCACAGGUGCCCAUGGACACGGAGCCCUUGGACUGUGGCUAGUUCAGACGUACAUGUGCUGCAGAAUAAAGUACAUGAUGGAUUUUAAAUACCUGACAUAAAAAGGAGAAUGGAAAGUAUCUCAAUAAUGUUUUAUAUCGAGUCCAUGUUGAAGUUUUGGAUUUAGUGGGUUAAGUAACAUAUUGUUAAAGCUGAUUUCAUAUCUUUCUCUUUACUUUUUUGAAAGAAAGUACUUGAAAAUUUAGAGUCACGUACAUGGCUCACACUUGAGACUUGCUUUCUCCCUAUAGACAGGGCCGUUCUGGUGGCUUCCCACCCCACUGGGCAUAGAUCUCAGAGCCCUGACCGUGCCCGCAGGGGCCCUUCGUGGUAUUUCAGGUCCUGCCCCUCUCCGCCUUGCUCACUGCACUCGGGACCUUCUUGUUCUUUCUCAGACAUGUCAGGCCCGUGGCCUCAGACUGUAACGCUCUACACAGCAUCACUUCACUGAGGUCUCCUCGUCUCAGAGAGCCUUCCCUGACCACUUCUCCUCAUCUUUGCUGUCCCUCAUCCUGUUCCAUUGUUCUUCAUGGCCUCUACUGAUAACCUGAAAUUUUAAGUUUUUGCUUGUUUUAUUCACUUGUUCAUUGUCUCCUCUGCCAGGAUGUAAGCCCCCGUAGGUAAUAAGCCGUACUAGAGUUUAGGGCAGGGUCUUUGUCUUGUUCAUCAUUUCUUUAGUCUCAGUGCCUAGAAAGGGUCUGGCUAAUUGGUUCUCAAAAAAUAACAGACUGGCACAAGACAUUUAAUGGUGUAUUUGAAUAGCAUGUGUCACAUUAUCAUGGCAUUAAAACUGUUGAGAACCACUGUUUCAGUGAAUUAUUUCAAAAUAAUAAAUAAUAAAUAAAUAAUAGUAAAUAAUCAACUCUGUACUGUUUGCCAAAAUUGGAUCCUAGUUGCGCAAGCCUGUCUUGCCCCCAUCCUCAAGCGCACUUCCAGCUGCCAUUUCACGUUAAUACACUGCCACCCAGGUUCCAGGACCGUCCCCACCAGAUUAAUCGGCCUGGUUCUCUUCCUCUACGCUUGGCAGAGCCACGCUGCAGAAAGACGUUCUUCACUGCAUUUCUGAAACCUGGAGAUCUCUGGCCAUAUCUCUUGCCUCUUGUUUACUGUGCCCACUGCCAAAGACAUGAUGCCAAAAGAGUGGGCAGUAUUUAAAUUUUUUCGCUAAAUAAAUGAAGUUUGUACAAAAGCAAGUCCUAGACAGAGAAGAUGCAGUGUGCAUUGGAAGUAUUGAUUGAGAUGAAAAACCAAGAUCUGAAGUUCAACAAAGAUACCUAUGUCCUUGCUUUUGCAAUUUGCUACAAACUGAAUAGCCCUGAAUCUUUUCAAAUCUGUACCACAUUAAGAGAAGAAGCCCUAAUCAAAGGAGAAAUCCUCUCCAGGAGAGCAUCCUGUUUUGCAGUGGCAUUGGCUCUGAACCAGAACCAGCUGGCAAAAGCUAUAUCCAUUUUUUCUCAAAUCAUGAACCCAGAAAGCAUAAUCUGCACUAAUUUAAAUAUUAUGAUCCAUAUCCAGUCAAAUAUGUUGAAAACUCUAAUAGACAUAUUAAAGGAUGCCACAGAGGGAAAUCUAUCAAGAUUUGUGAAGAGACAUGUAUUCUCAGAAGAAGUGCUGGUCAAAGUGAGGGAAAAAGUGAAGGAUGUGCCUGCUCUCCUGGCCAAAUUUGAUGAGCUUAACAAGAAACUGCACAUAAAUGGCCAGGUCACCGAGUACACUUUGGAUGCCCUACUCUGCCACACCCCCAGCGACAGGCAGCCCCACACAGUGCUGUUAAACAAGAGGACAGUCAGCCGUCGGACCUUCCAGCCACUCAGCCAGUCCCUGUGGGCUGAGUAACCCUGGGUUCAAACUUCCGGUGGGUCUGAGUUGGAGGGGGUCUGCCUUCAGUGACUCAUUGGCUUCCUAGGAAAUCAGGCAUUGUAUUCCAGUGGACACUAUACGAAUCAACACUUGGUCUCCUCCUUGCAUUUCCAAGUUCACUGGUGCUGGCAUGCUGCCUUGAGACAUUCAUAUUUUGUGCCGCCAUGAAGAUCUAGAUACAGGAAGUGGAAAGCUUGGCUCCUGAAGGAAGGAGGCUUCUCUGAAAAGGGCUGAGGAUCCUUGAAGGAACAUGGCCACAGGCUCCAGUCCAGCUCCCAGAACCAGCGUGGAACCCAAUAAGCAUUAGUGGAAGGAAUUUCACUGUAAGUGGCCAUCUGACUAAUUUUCAGGGGAGUAAUUACUUGCAGAUUAUAGCCUUACUGAAUUAAGGACGUCUGAAACUCUACGCUACCAUCCUGGAAAACAGUCCAGGAUAUUCUCACUGCUUCUGUCAUUGUUACCUGUGACCCUCGACAAGACACCAGAACCCUCAUUUUUCCAGCUGUAAAAUAAUAGUGCCUAUGUGACUCUGCAUACUGUUUUGAAAUUCUCACUUCAAGGUUUAGUAGGGUCAAGUUUUUUUCAAAAAUUAAUUAAGAAAUUGAAAGUGUCCUGAAAAAACAUUUUGUUUUCUCAGCAGGACAAACAAAACCAGAAUUUAACUCUCAGAACUGAUAAGCCAAAAUUGAGAUGGUUAUCAUUUUGGUCAUUGGCAAUCUAUGUGUUUUUCAAAAUAAAAGUCAGUAUAACCUCA